AAUAUUGUAUUGUUUAUGUUUUUUUUAAUUAUCUGAGUUGUCAAUGACGUUUUGGUGGUUGUGAUUUUGUUUGUGGACUUUCUUAUGUGUUUUUAGGUUAAUAUUAUCGAAGCUGUGCAAGUUAUUUCCUCUUUUUUUGUUUUUCUUCUUUUUUGGAGAUGCUACUGAUGCUAUAUAAUUUGCUAAAUAUUGUAGAAAAACUUAUGGACCGUCCUUCAUUCUUGUUGGAAUAUGGAAAAUGUACGUUGAAUACUGCAGGACAGGUUUUGGAACCUCCCUUUGUGUUAGAAUAUGACAGUGUCUUUUCGUUUUUCGAGGAUCCAAAUCCAGGGUAUAAACUUUUUGGUACCAUUGUGCAUUCAGGCUUCUCGCCAGAUUCUGGACAUUAUUAUGCAUAUAUUAAGGAUGCAAUGGGGCGUUGGUAUUGCUGCAAUGAUUCUUGUGUUUCACUUUCAACCCUGCAGAAGGUUUUGUCAGAGAAGGUUUACAUCCUUUUCUUUUCUCGUACUAAACAGAGGCCAGUAUCUGCCAACACAGCUUUGACCUCCAAUGGAGUGAGGGCUCAUGAUUGCAACGGUUACGAUACAUCCAAAAACUCAAGGGUUGGUCACCCAGAAAAAAUAGUGCAUAGGAAACAGGUUGUUGAGUAUCCUUCUAACAAGGAUAAUUCAACCACUUGUAAGGUCGAACAAGUGCCUAGUAGUCCACAAAUGAAAUUGAAUGGCUUUGGAAAUUCUAAUACCAAAAUAUUACCUGCAAAUGUUAAUGGAGAAGAUAUUGGCCAUAAACAGGAACCUAAUGACAAGAAUGGCAAUGUGAAAGCCAAUGGAGUGAAGUUUCCUGAUUGCAAUCAUCAUGAUUCAUCCAAAGACCCAGUGGCUGCUCAUCCCAUUAAAUUAAUGGACACGAAACAGAUUGUUGAGUGUCCUUCUAAAAAGGAUAAUUCAAUCAAUUCUAAGGUCGAAAAUGUUCCAAGUAGUCCACAAAGGAAGAUGAAUGGCAUGGGAAACUCUAAUACCAAAAUAUUACCUGCUACUGCCAACGGGAAAAUUAUUGUUCAUAAACGAGAAUCCAAGGACAAGAAUAGCAUUGUUAAAGCUGCAGUUAGGACAGAGAAAAGUGGGAAUUCUGUGGCAGUAAUAGGCAGUAAUGGUAUUACCAAAAGUACAUCAGUUGACAGUCACAAGAGCCAAGCAUUUCCCUUAGCGAAUGGAAAUGGUAACAUCCAGAGGAUCAGUGAUCGUUCCUUAGACGCGGAUCAAUUGGAGGGAGCUACGAGAACCCUGGUUCCAAUGGGAAGAGAAACCAGCUACCAGGAAUUGCAAAAUGGUAAUGGCACAUGUCCCUCCAACAUCACAAGCUCCAAGAGAAAAUUACAUGAGAAAGACAUGUGCAUUUUGUUUUCUAAAGAUGAACAAUCUCAGGCAAAGCUAGAAGAAUUAAAAGAAGGUCUCAGGAAAGAAGCGUCUUUAGUUCUGCAAUCAUGUGGUUGGUCAGAUGAAGUUCAAAGUUUCAUGAGUUCCAGGAAGAAGUUGUGUGCGAGCAGAGCAGUCAACAGUGCAUCAAAUAGCAGUGAAUUAAACGUGAGAGUUGGGUUCAUGAAUGUUAUACACACGAGCAAGAGGCUCUUGCAUUCUGGGCUGCUGCGUUCGGAGUAUUUGCAGAAAAUUAGCUGCAUUUGUAGUAUUUGCAGCUUGAGAGUUGGGAUCAUGAGAGUUUGCAGUAUUUGCCGAGAAUUAGCUGCUGGAAAUUCUGAACAGUAG